UUCCCCCGCCUCCAUUUUGUUCGCGGACGCUGGGGACGGUGGGAGCAGAUCCAUUUCCGGGUUGGUAAAAGGGGCGGCGGCGAGAAAGAGAGCUUGCCGCGGGGCGAAGGAGCAGGACUAAAGCAGGACGCAGGUGACGGAGGAUUCGCUCCCGGAGCAGCCCCGGCCAGGACACAUAAGUCUUGCUGGACAUGCAAGUGAAUGAGUCCCCUGAGGGGAUGGCUGUCAUGACCUGGGGAUGUAUGAAAGCGUUCUUAUCCGGGACUGUUCUAACAGUGGAAGAGCAUUUGUAUCUGCAAGUGUGCUGACUUUUGUUCAGAAAUCACAGCAUUCAAAGCCCAGAUGGUCCUGUUUGAUUGAGCACUUUUCUUAUGUAAUUGGAGCAGCUAGCCCUGCUUUCAUAACUUCAAGAAGAGUCUUGAUUUAGCAGCCUAUCGCUGGUGAUCAAGGAAUGACAAUGUGCCAGUUUUUCUAGCAUUUCAGCGUGAAGCAUCUGCAUUUCUGGUGGCUCAAGGGUAUUAGAAUGUGAGAGAAGAGACUUCAACAAGGAAAGUCAUGGUGCUGGAGCUGUUAUUAGAUUCUGUGGUGUAUGAAUGACCUAAAGCUACAAAUAAAGACGGAGAGAGAACAGUGCCAACUGGGAGCGGGCAAGGAUGCCAAUUCCUCCUCCUCCCCCACCCCCUCCUGGUCCUCCCCCACCUCCCACUUUUAAUCAGGCAAACACAGAACAGCCCAAACUCAGUAGAGAUGAGCAGCGGAACCGAGGGGCUCUCUUACAAGACAUUUGCAAAGGGACCAAACUGAAGAAGGUGACCAACAUUAAUGAUCGGAGUGCUCCUGUCAUUGAGAAGCCCAAAGGGAGUGGUGGUGGCUAUGGCCCUGGAGCUGCUGCUUUGCAGCCCAAGGGAGGUCUCUUUCAAGGAGGAGUGCCGAAGCUGCGGCCUGUGGGAGCCAAGGAUGCUUCAGAGACUUUAGCUGGUAAGCCAGCCCUGCAAGUCCCCAGUUCUCGAGCUGCUGCUCCAAGGCCUCCAGUUUCUACAGCCAGUGGGCGUCCUCAAGAUGAUAGCGACAGCAGCCGAGCCUCCCUCCCAGAACUGCCCCGGAUGCAGAGACCCUCUUUACCGGACCUCUCUCGACCCAAUACCACUAGCGGUACAGGCAUGAAACACAGCUCCUCUGCUCCUCCCCCACCACCUCCAGGGCGGCGUGCUAACGCGCCCCCUACUCCUCUGCCUCUACACAACAGCAAAGCCCAGGCCUACAACAGGGAGAAACCCUUGCCUCCAACACCUGGACAAAGGCUACACCCCAGUCGAGAAGGACAUCCUGCUCCACCUCCUGUAAAACCACCACCUUCUCCUGUGAAUAUCAGAUCGGGACCAAGUGGCCAAUCUCUGGCUCCUCCCCCACCGCCUUACCGCCAGCCGCCUGGAGUCCCUAAUGGGCCCUCAAGCCCCACUAAUGAGUCAGCCCCUGAGCUGCCACAAAGACACAAUUCUUUGCAUAGGAAGACACCAGGGCCUGUCAGAGGCCUUGCACCUCCUCCACCCACCUCAGCCUCCCCCUUUUUGUUGAGUAACAGGCCACCUCCCCCAGCCCGAGACCCUCCUAGUAGGGGAGCAGCUCCUCCACCCCCACCACCCAUGGUCCGAAAUGGUGCCAGGGACGCUCCCCCUCCGCCACCACCUUACCGAAUGCAUGGGUCAGAACCACCGAGCAGAGGAAAGCCCCCACCUCCACCCUCAAGGACACCAGCUGGGCCACCCCCUCCUCCACCACCCCCUUUGAGGAAUGGCCAUAGAGACUCCAUCACCACUGUUCGUUCCUUCUUGGAUGAUUUUGAGUCCAAGUACUCCUUCCACCCAGUAGAGGACUUCCCCGCUCCGGAAGAAUAUAAGCAUCUUCAAAGAGUAUACCCCAGCAAGACAAACCGAGCUGCCCGUGGAGCCCCACCUCUGCCACCUGUUCUCAGGUGAAGCCUGGCUUGGUCCUGCUCCUCAGGAAAAAGAUGGGCCUCCUCUUCUCAGAUGGUCCCCCAGCCCCUAGAACCUGCAUGAGAGCUCCUACAGUGUUUCUCCAGUGCGACCAACCAUAGACUCUAAGCAUCCUCCCGGCCCAGCUCCAUCUAUGCAUCUCAUCUCUGGACUUGAUGAUUGGAUUUUUUCUGUUGGCAAUAGGGUCUCAAGCCCUGUAUCCAGCCCUCUUCCAGCAAGCCCUGCUAGCCAGAAAAGGAGAAAGCUCCCAUAUCGCCUGCUUUCUUCCAGGGAAAGGUGCCUUGUUAUGGUGAAUGGACUCACAUUGGGCAGGGUGGAGAAUGGACCCCUGUCUGCUGUUAUUCACCAAGAGGGGAGUUUGGUGUGUGCUUAUAUUCCAUAGUUUAGGAGGUUGGUAUGGUCAGGACUGCUGAAGAAAGGGUACUUUUUGUGAAGCAGGAAGGGAGUUUGUAGAGAAGUGAUCUGUUUUAAAGGUCAGGUUAUAGAAAGGACAAAGAAAUGGAGCUUCUUCAUUCUUAAGAGCAUUUUGGUUUUGUUUUAUCUCUCUUCUACCCAUUCCAAGGGGUGAGUUGUACAUACACUAAAUACUAAUCAGUUGACCUAAACAAUAAAAGAAGGGGAUGAAGUAAACUGAGGAUCAUUCCAGAGCUAGUCAGCUCUUCUGCAGCUAAGGGGCCAGGGCCAUCUGAACUCCCUGGGACCCCCCCUGCCCUUCCCUGGGGUGCUAGGCUGAAGGAUGUCCUUUUGGUCCUUCAAGGGAAGAGUCACUUUUUGUUGGGUGCAUUAUUCAUAUUCCCAGUUCACAAAUUCCAGAAACUUCCUAUAAGAGAUGAAAAGAGGAGGCGAGGACCUUAACCUCAAUCUUAAGUCAGCCUCAGUUUUGUCUGAUUAACCCUGAAGUGGUCAGCAGCCUUUAGAGUCCUUCAGCCUUGGAGAGUGCUCUGAGGAAGCACUUCAGGAGAGGGCCUGGCUCGGGGCUACAAAGGUCUCCACAGCCUGCUUAUACCCCUCUGACACAGCAGGUUCUCCCUGUUUUCUCUGCCACCCUACCUUCCCAAGACUGCAGGGACUAAGACCACAGAGUAGAAAGGGCACGGAAAUAUGUGGGACCUUUGGGGGCUCGUUCAGAGUCUUGUAAACCAAGAAGCACAAAGACUUAAGGAGGUCUGCCUCAGUCCAUCAGCGGGUCUUCCUUGGCAGCCAGCAAUACAUUGUUCUCUGUCUUCCAGGUAGUAGGUAAACAGCACAGGAAAAAUGGAUGUUUUAACUGAGGUUGGUCAUUGAACAGUGAGUGUCUCUUCUCCAACAGCAUGUGGGGCACCAGGGACUCCACACACAGGAAAAGUUGGUUUCCUAUAGUCAUAGCCAUGGGCAAAGGCUGCUUAAACCUUCCAUGACCAUGGGGAGACCUGGUGAUUCUUUGAAUCUAAUAGGGGAGGCUAGUUAAAAACCUUCAGAUAUGUCACAGGGUCAAACUGUCAUAGGGACCUUUCUUUUCUUUUUUAUUAUUAUUAUUAUUAUUAUUAUUAUUAUUAUUAUGACUAUUAUUAUUUUCUAAGACAGGGUUUCUCUGUAUAGCCCAGGCUGUCCUGGUACUUGAUCUGUAGACCAGACUGGCCUCUGCCUCCCAGGUACUGGGAUUAAUGUUGUACACUACCACAUCCGGUUCAUAGGGACCUUUCUAAUCUAGUGAAACAUAGACUAAGGAUCUGUGUGUGAUGCCAGGUGAUACCCAAAUCUUCCAGUGCUGGUGAAGGUGGGCUUACCUUGGUUUAUUUAUUUAUUGGGUAUUACCCUUUGCCAUCUAUCUCCUGGACCACUUUGACUCUUGGGACAGGCAGUGAUUAGAUUUCACUAGACUUCUAAUUGUUCACUGCUUACGGUUCUUCUCAAAUGCCGUAGCAGUCACCUCCCAGGAGUAUCCCCAGUACCCUAAAGUGAACAGAACUAAGAGAGGGAGAGGAUCUGAUAGUGCAAGAGUUCCAGGGUAGAUGCCAAUUGCUGAACUUUGACUGUGAAGUCUUCCCAUUUGUUUUUGAAAUGGGAGUUGAUGCCUUUUGUACAAUGUUAUCAAAGUGUAUAGAGAUUUCCCCUUACUGAAACAUAGAACAUCAGAAUAUAUAAUAUAGCAAAUAAAGCCAAACCCCAGCUUUUCACUGGGGCUGAUACCUUCUUCUACAUGACCUGCGUCCUUCAUAUUCUCCAAAUUUGGACUGUGUCAUGUGGGUAGUGAUUAUAUUUUCAUUGUCUUUGCCUGGUACAACAACAAGCAAACAAAGGCCUGGGUUUAGAUCUGACUAAGAGCAUGUUGGUGACACAGCACCUAAUUGAAAUGUCUUUGCCUUAUGCAUCAUUUGGUCCUGCUUUAAUAACAGAUUUGUUACCAUGUAUAUUUGCUACUGUAGAAGGGAAUGUGAUCCUCAAUAACUGUUGGUCUAUUUUGUAUGUUGUACAGAGCUUGUAAUACAGGUUUAAGGUGGGCGGGCUGCAAGAGCACUGAAAAAUUUCCCCUUUGGAACUGCUUUUUUAUCUGCUUAUGGGAAUGUUGUCUCUUCAGUGGAAGAUUGGGUGGUCUCAUGUUGAGGCUGUAGCCUAAUCCCUUUAAUUCCCUUGUCCCCUCCCAAAGAAAGAGAAGAGACAUUGCCCAACUAAGCAGCAAGAAGCUUUGUCAACAGCUUUCCUGUGGGUUUUGUGGGCUUUUCCCCUAAUAGGAAACACUAGUAGUUGUUUCUUACUGCCCUACCCAAAGCUGGGCAGUGGCCUCUGACUUUGAAAUGAGCUACAUGCCCCUUUCCCUUUCUCUAGUCACCAAACCUGGACCAAAGCACUUCGGAUACUCCAGGUAUGGCUUUCUCCCUCCUGGGGGUUUGCAGAGCCCUACCAUUUUCACAGCCCGGGCCAAUUGUGUGAGCAGCUAGGGCUACCCCAGCUGAUGGAUGUGAGGCUGUCAUCGCCAGGAAUUCGUCCCUGUCCUGUCCCCCUUCCCAGCAAAGGCAAGGAAACUAGUCACUGGCAUUGCACUAGGGGGAUCCCCUUACCCAGUGGCUUCCCAGCUUGAAACCCAGAUUUACCUCCAGGGAGAGGUGAGGAGGAAGAAAAAAAAUAAUUGUAAAUAGAUUUGCUACAGAGAAACUCAGGGUUGGGGUAUGUUUUAAUUCUCCUGAUCACUUGAAACAAUCUGUAGGCUGAGUGCUUAUGGGAGUGUGGCAGAAAUGUGACUCCAGGGUCCUUCCGUCUGUGGGACUCUGGGGUGGGUGGAGGGUAGGGCGUCAGAGACCCCUGAUAGCACUGUACUGUGCGGUCUGUCCUUCUGGAAACCCAAACCUACAAUCAGCUGCAAUCAGGUUCUUCACACUCCAGCUGUCGUCUCCUUUCCCUGUGACUUCAGUCCCUAGCUCUGUGGUCAGAUUUAGGGAAUGAGGGGAAAGAGAGGAGGCUACUAUAAUUCUGCCUUCAAGACUCAUUUCUUGAGAUUAAAUGAAAUAAAAUGAUACCUGCCUUCAAAAUCACAUGCAGAAAUAAAAACAAAAAACCCAACAACAACCAUUUAACUGAAGGAAGGGUUCGGUUCCACUCAACUCCACCACGUUCAUUGUGCCUUUGCUUGUGUCAGAUCUCUGUGCUUUCUCCCCCUCUGUGAAGUAAUUAAAACUUCCUUGAUAACUGC